CACCACUCCCAGAACCCUUAGAGGGCGCAUUUCCAGCGACUCCCAGAGGGCACAUUUCUAGAAAGUUCCACGUGAGAGGCACCACAGCCUCACUGCCAUUUUGCGGGUUACUGCCAGGCUCCGGGAACAAGCUACGACAUUUUAUUCUGAUUUUAAAAAUAAAACUUGUUCCUAUUGGGGAAAAGAUGAAAUGUUAUAACUCCAAAGAGAAAACAGAAAUGAUGACCGAUAAAGCAGAGGAGUCUACUGUUGGGCCCGAGAAGCAAAUGAAACGUCAUAGAGAACUCAUGACUUCUCCUCUGUGUAAGAGUAGGCUGACCAGGGGGCUGCUGUCAGUGAUGCCGGAAGAAGAGGGAGCAUUCCAGGCCAGGGGCUCAGCCGUGUCUUUGGAAGAUGAUGACCCCAAGGUCGCCAGGAAGUCUGUGCUGUUCGGAAUGAUGCCGGAUACGUUGUCAUUCAAUCCAGAGGCGAUGAAUAGUGAUGUAAAACAUCAAAUCAUGAAAGAAAUUCGACAGUUUGGACGAAAAUAUGAAAAAAUCUUCAAAUUGCUUGAAGGAAUUCAAGGACCUCCAAAAGUGAGGAGACAGUUUGUUGAAUUUGCCAUCAAGGAAGCAGCAAGAUUUAAAAGACGAGACUUAAUUAAGCACCUUGAGAAGAUACUCGACAAAAUAGAAUCUGACAAAUUUCUCAGCAAAGAUAAGCAUAGCCCAAACCUAUAAUCCUGUUAUCUCAACAAUCAAAAAAUAAGAACCAGAUUGCUGUCUUCUAGAACGGAAUGGGAUAUUGCUGAAGCCUCCUAGCAUGUGUUAGUUAAGAGAAUUGCCUUCCAGAGGCUAAGAAAAAGUUGUUGUAGUUUUAAAAAUUUUAUUAAUUGUUGUUAAUAAAAGCUGGGCUUUUGCCCUACGAGUUCAUUUGAAA